CCGAAGAGAGGCCAAAUGCUUCGCCCUCUCACAAUCAACACGCCUUCUUCUAGCUCCAUCAGGCCAAACUACUCUUCAAGUUCAAGCCCAAAAAGUGCUGAAGCAGAGUCCAACACCAAGAGCAAGAGAAGGAGAAGCUUUGGAUCAAAACCUAGCAGGAGAAAAAUGUGGUUCAUGCAUGUGUUUGAUGAGGAAAAGAAGGAACUGGGUAGGCAACAAGCCCCGGGUUCAUGCCCUUAUUGCCAAGGCAAGGUUGAGGCCAUGGAUGUUGAGAUCCAGUGGAGACUUUGCUUCUUGCCCAUGUGCUUCAAGAUCAAGAGGAAGUAUUUUUGUACUUCAUGUGCUAGACGUUUAGAAUUGUAUUAUUAAACUACUAUUGUUAUCAUCAUUUUUAUAUUAUACGUAUAACCCUUCUAGCUAGAUUUUGGACAUGGAGACAGAAAUAUACCCACUGAAUCAUGCUUUCUUGUUCCCUCAACAUCUUUGUAUCACGAGCUUUUGUUCCCUUGUUGAAUUUCGAGUUUUAACCCAAGGCUAGCUUCCAUGUAAAUGGAUUUGAUUUAUGUUUAAAUUUUUACUUUUUUUUCUUUAUUGUAAAUUGAUCUUGAUCUUGUUCAGCAAUGGAAUUUCAUUUUUUACUUUCUUCC